CGGGAUGCUUUGUUCAGUUCCGCCGACGCUUCGGCACUGGGUAUUCACAGAUACUUGGUGUGUUGGCAUGUGAUGACGUUGCAAGCUUUCCUCAGCGAGGCUGCAGAAGUGAGAGCUUCCUUGAAGCGCCGCAUCUAGGCUCAUAGUCCACGGCUUCGAGGGAGGGAGUGCUCUGGAGGCUUUCUCUUCUCCGGAGUGGCGAGAGCAGUAGUCCGGCCGCUGCUGAAUGAAAUGCCCCUCAGCCUAACCUGAAGGCUUUAAUUUUCGUCAGCAUGAUAUCCAUCAGUUGAAGCUUCUUCCUUUUUAAUAACGUUGAUGAUUGUUGCUUUUUGGAGAAAAGAAGACCGGAGAAAAUUUGAUAGAGAUGUACACGUACCAAACUGACAGGGACAAUUUUCCUAUAUGUGUAUCUUCUGGGAUGUGGAAAGAAACUGGAGAAGCUGGAAGAAAUCCACAGAAAGAUUGUGCAACCUCAAGGGACAGUACCAAGGUUGCAAGAAUUCAGGCUUGGAGAUGCCAGAAACAGCCGUGAGUGAAAAUAAAGUGAUAUUACAACUUCUACAAGUUAAGAACUACAAAGGAAGUGAAGGAAUGACAGACAACAGCAGCAUCCUGGCUAAAUCCGUCUCCUCUAAGAUCUCCCGUGCAUUCUCUGGAAGACGCUGAUGAACUGCUUUCCAGUUUACUAAUGGUGAAGGGCAAGGUUACUGCAGGUUCACCAAAAAACGAACAUUGACACAAUUGACCUGUGAUUUCUUAAUACAGCAGUUCUGGCCAAAAGGAAUUUUCCUCAAAAAUGUGGACUCCUCUUAGUCUGUUUCUUUAUGUGUCAAUUUGCUUUUUAACUGAGAGCUCAAUGUAUAAGUUACAAAACAGUGGAAUCAAGGUACUAAAAUUCCUACCUAUCAGUGAUGGAGAAGAAUGUAACCGAACUUGUGAAUUUGUUACAGACCAAGGUGGCUUGAAGUGUAAUUGGGUGGUGAUAGAAGAAAAUCAAAAUCAAAAUCUCUGUUUUUAUUUACACUGUCUGGAUAUAUCUGUCUGUAAAGAAGCAGCUGUGGAAGCUGUUAAAGAUUUGCAAAUAGGAAAAUAUUCACCACUGAAGAAUUUGCACCAUGCAGGAAGGGUAGUAAGAGAAGACCAUUCACCUAUCUCAUUGUCAGUCAAUAACACAAGCAUCAAUGGAACAGGCUCAACAACCGUCACCAAUUCAAGUACAGAGUCAAAUGAAGUUUCCAGCACAAACACCACUGAGAUUACAGCUACAGCUGCAGUGUCAACGGCAGGCAGACAAUUUACUGGUACUCCUGGUGCCAGUUCCAGUUCUUCACCCUCCUUACCAAUUUCGAUCACGACCACACCAGCAGCCCCAACAACAAGUAACUCAGAAAUAACCGCCACUGAAGUGUCAUCAAUAACUACAGCAUCAACGAUAAACAGUGAACAUCUUACCACUAGGAAAUUCUCGGAAGUGUCCACCCCCCAUGAAAGUACUGCAUCAAUUGUAAGUAGUCAACAGACUACACCAGUUCCAACAAGCUCAAGCAAACAUGAAUCAUCUGUGACACCAAGGAAUAUCUUAAAGGACAAUACAACUUCCCUUCGGUCUACCCCAAUUACUACACCAAAAACAACCCAAUCUUUGACCACUGUAACCCCAAUGGAAGUAUCUACAUCAAAACUAAUCCCAGAGACAGAGCAAAAGCAAACAUGGACCAAUGCAAGCACAAUCGCCGGAGGAGUGUCACAGUCGCCAAAACUAAAAAGCAGAACUACAGUUGCUGUUAGUAAUGGGAAGAGUUAUGUCUUUCCUUCAGUGCCUGCUGGAGCUCUAAUCAAAUAUUUAGCUGACACAAGCUCAUUAAUGGCCAUUCUAAUAUUUGGAGUAUUGUUUUUCUUAUUGAGUAUUAUAUUGUUUGCACAUAAAGUAAUUGAAAGCUAUAAAAGGAAAGACUAUGUGCAAGUGGACUAUCUAAUAAAUGGAAUGUAUGCAGAUUCAGAUAUGUAAAAAAAAGAACCACGAAGAAUAUAGGAAACAUAACACUCUGCUGUUAAAAUACUGGGACUGUUUCUUUCAUUAAACUAAGCACAUUCUAUAAAAUAUAACGUGGAUCAAAUGUAAUGUGCCAUAAGUUGAGCAGUACUGCCUUAUUCUGGGACUUCUGAAGAGUGUCUGGAGGAUCAGUCAAUUGAGAAAUCAUUGUGAAUUUAUGAAAUAGCUGACAUCAAUGUAAUUAUUUUGUAAGUUGCACUGUUUGGCUCUAACUAGCUUGCAACAAAACUCCUUAAGCCACUGUUUAAAACAAAGUCACUUUGGUGUAUUUUUGAUUCAAAGGGAAUUUUGCAAUAAAGUAAGUUUUUUCAAUGAGAACAAUUCAGUAAUCUAAACAUUUCGAGCAAUACAGUUGCUAGAAUUGUGCCAUUGAACAUAAAGCCAUGUUCUAUUGUUGCAAUGUACCACUAUGCAGUUUCUUGCCUUAAAAUUUAAUUUUUUAUCUUAAAUUUCUGAAAUUUAAAAUCUUUUUGGGCGGUGCUUCUGUAUAAUUUUGAGAUACCUGGCAUUUCUUCAUCGUAUCACUAUUAAACUAGUUCCAAUGUAUUCAUUACUGAAACACUACUGUCUC